AUCUCCUAUUCUAUGACGAAGCAAAUGGAAGCUGAAAAGAACAUUUAGGCAACUGGGAAUGGCUUUAUGCCGGCCCCUUCUCCUUUACGCACCACUCCAUCGUUUCCCUGUUUCCAAUCCCACUUUUUUCUUCCCAGAAUACCCUUGUUAUUCCUGUAAAUUUACCAACCGUCGGAAUCCUCAAACGCCAUUCUGCCGCACUUGCUGUUCAUCGUCCUCCAUGGAAGCUCCUCCUCAAGGUUACAGGAGAAAUGUGGGAAUUUGUCUCAUCAAUUCCUCCAAAAAGAUUUUUUCUGCAUCGAGGCUGGAUAUUCCAAAUGCUUGGCAAAUGCCACAGGGUGGGAUUGAUGACAAUGAAGAUCCAAAAGUUGCUGCCCUCAGAGAAUUAAAGGAAGAAACUGGUGUUAGCUCAGCAGAAGUUCUUGCAGAGGCACCAUAUUGGCUGACAUAUGACUUCCCACCAGAAGUUAGGGAAAAACUGAAACAUCAAUGGGGUUCAGACUGGAAAGGUCAAGCUCAAAAGUGGUUUCUCCUUAAAUUCACUGGGAAGGAGGAAGAAAUUAAUCUUUUGGGUGAUGGGACUGAGAAACCUGAGUUUGGUGAAUGGUCAUGGAUGACACCAGAACAAAUAGUUGAGCUCGCAGUGGAUUUCAAGAAACCUGUUUAUAAGAAAGUUUUGGAAGUUUUUGCUCCCUACCUCCAAUAAUAUCCUGUCGAAUUGCAAAUACUUUGCAGCUCCCUUCUUACCUGCCGAGUAACAUAGUUGCAUACAAUAAGUUGGGGGUUUAUUACUUGGGUGUCACCAAAUGGCAUCCAUUUUUCCUUGUGUGGAUCUGAUAUCUCAAUUGCAGGGAAUGUCUUCUCUGCUUGAAAAACUUACACAGUUCUAAUGCAAUGUUGUCUGGACUACACAUGAUUGGUACGGUAGAAUGCCAUGCCCUUGAUCAAGUUCCACAAAGCUAGCCAAAAACAGUUGGGAUUCCUGAAAGUUCAACAAUCCAGAAUUUCCAAGCAAACAAAUUAUGCAUAACCUUUGUUAAUAAUGAGCAAUUCUUUUAACAUGGUGUCUUUCACAACUACAUUGAGCAAGUACUAUGUAUACAUAACAGUACAGCAUCAGUAUAUGGAAAAAUCAUUGCUCGGA